UGACACCAAAAUGGCACUGACUGAAAACUGCAGGACUUAUCAAUCGCCCAAGGACACUGGAUGUGCCCAGAGUUGCUCUUCUGAUGUGGUUGAGCUCAAUGUAGGUGGACAGGUGUACUACACCCGCCAUGCCACCCUGACCAGCGUGCCAAACUCACUGCUGGGAAAAAUCUUCUCCAACAAAAAGGACAUCUCGAACGACUUGGCCCAGGACAUCAAGGGACGCUACUUCGUCGACAGGGACGGAUUUCUUUUUCGAUACGUCUUGGACUAUCUGCGAGAUAAGAGCGUCGUCCUGCCGGAUUACUUUCCGGAGAAAGCGCGGCUUCAAAGGGAAGCCGAGUUCUUCCAGCUGCCCGAGCUCGUGAAGAUCCUGACACCAGAUGAAAUCGCCCAUAGCGAUUUGGACGAUGCGUCCCAGGGAAGCGACCACAGGCUGUACCCGACAUCCUACCUGGACGCGCGCGAUAGGCGCUAUGGAUUCAUUACGGUGGGAUACAAGAGCUCGUGCGCCUUCGGGCGGGACAACGAUCCAAAAGCUCGAGGAGCGUAUAUUCCCAAAAUAUUCAUUUGCGGAAGAGUCGGUCUGGCUAAAGAAGUUUUUGACGACACGUUAAAUGAAAGUAGGGAUCCUAACAGGCCACUAGAUCGAUACACCUCUCAGUUUUACCUGAAGUUUAGCCACCUGGAGCGAGCGUUUGAUAUGCUCGCGGAAAGCGGCUUUCACAUCGUCGCGUGCAAUUCAUCACUCACCGCAUCCCCUUAUAAUAGAAAUACGGAUGACAGAUGCUGGUCAAACAACACAGAGUAUGUCUUCUAUCGUGGUCCAUCCGUGUGGUCUUCUUCUCACUGCGACUGCUGCUGCAAGAGUCACAAGAGUGAACGUGAGGGCGAGAGCGGCACGUCCCUCAAUGAGCUCUCAACUUCCUGUUCCGAGACCCAAUCGGAAGCCAGCUCCCCCCAGGAGACGGUUAUCGUUCGUCCAGUCACCCGCCAGCCCAACAUCCAGACUUUGGACCGUCCGGUGAAAAAGGGUCCAACCCCGAUUCCCAGGAGAACUGACCUGCUUCACGUCCGAAACACCGGACCACGUGACGUCAUGGCGGGGAAGAGGAAACCGGCCAAAGAGAAGCUCACGCCAGAGCAGGAGCUAGAGAAAUGCAUCCAGGAGUUCAGACGGAUUAAAAUUCCCGAGCGCUUUCCGCAGAGGAAGUACAUGUGGCAGUCAGAGCUCCUGAAGAAAUAUCAGCUCUGAAAUCAUUUCCUGCAGACUCACUGAGCCUAUUAGGGCGACGCAACAAAGCCUUGCCGCAUAAGAUGACUUUAUAAUUCCUCUAGUUCUCGGGCUUAAUUGGGUUGUCGGUGUAAUCAUCCAACAGGAAGCACAAAUCAUUCGGUGAACCUUAAGUGACUCCUGAAGGGACCGGUUCUGUUUUGCCACAAAACACAAUGGCAUCAAGCUCUAAACUAAUUUCACAGUGUCUAGACAAAGCAAACCUCUCAAUUAGAUUGUGUGUAUAGUUACAGUAUACAAAAUAUUCACAAUAGCGUAUUACCCGUGAAUGCCCGGAGUUGGCACAAGCACAGCACUUUUGUAUAAUAUCCAAACUGUGUAUGCAACACUGAUUCCUGUGUAAACGUGUAUUGCAUCCUCAUUGGUCAGUAUCGGACAGUAUUAACACAAAAAUACCCUUUAAAGGACUAAAGACGGUAAACAGACGACAAUGCAUGUUCUUGAACUCAUAUAGAUCAAUGAUCUCCAUUUAAUUGAUGGUUUGAUCUACAUUAUUCACCAAACGUUAUUCACAAAUCUGAAACACAUCACAGAGAGUCGGACUGAAAUAUUAGCUUGUUUCUUUAUUCUUUGUGAACAUUUGUGCUGAGACCGUUGUUCUGCCUGUUGUGGGUAUAUGAGCUUUUUUGUUGAUUGUGCAAUGAGUCAUUAAAUGAGUGGAGUUUAAAAUACAGUUUGUUCAUCGUAGUGGUUAUAAUCCAGACACAUCACAAAGCGCAUUUUCGUAUUAGAACCGGCUUGGCAUUUAAACAGGCUGGUUGUUUCUUGUUUGUGGCAAAUGAGAAUAUACGUAUGCAAAUCGGA